UGGGGGCGCUACUUCCUCACUCAACAGGAUGGGUUCGUACUGAAACCAACUCGCAGCUCAGAGCGAUGGAGCAAACUGCGACCGAAACCCCUCAAAACACAUUCAGUUGUCAGCUGUGCGGACUGAGCACCUCAUUUACGUACUACGGCCAGAAACCACCCAACACCAGAGCCAUUGUGUUGCUUGAGGAAUGUUUUGUGACGAAGGAUCCCUUCAGUCCGGAUAAGGAGAAGUUUCUGGUGCUGGGCUCGACGUGCAGCCUGUGCGGCAAGUGUGUCUGUGUGGGACCGGACUGCAGCCUGUUCUACACCAAGAGGUUCUGCGUGCCGUGCGUGAACAGACACCUGGACCAGUUCCCCCAGCAGGUUCGGGCCGAGCUGGCGAAGAAGAGCCAGAGCUGCAAGCCCGGCGUGUCGUGACACACGAGGUCCCGCAACACGCUCACCAGACUGCGCCAGAGCUUGUUGUUUUAGGCUGAAAAUGGAAGGAAAAACGUUCAGACCUAGACCUGCGGACGGAAGUUGUUUAAAAGAAAAAAAAAAAAAACAUGCCAUGGAAUGCGAAUGUAACUUGUUUCUGCUCUUAUUUUGAAACUCCGGAGCGACCUUUUAUGUUAAAGGGCACGCACUGAGGCUGCUGAGGCGCCCUUCUUCUUGAGAUGUGAAGCGAUCAGCAGCUGUGACGUCACAGAGGUGUUUGGGGAGCAGUAACACCUCUAUUAACACUAUGAAAAACAAAUUAAUAACUCCAAUUAUUCUGCUAGUUCGUGUUUCGAGGGGUUGAAUCUGACCUAGCAGCUCAACAACAACAUAAAUUAAAAAAUAAAAAAAAGAGAGAAAUGUUUAUUGCCAUGCAAAAGAAUUCAUCCUCUUUGAACUUUUUUCACAUUUUGUCAAAAAACAACAACAAACAAACCCUGAAUGUGUCAUGGUUGUAUUUUGUUUGAUGGUUCACAACACAAAAUGCGGCGUAAUUGUUUUUACUACUUCGCAUUGAAAGUGGGGCAUGCGUUUGUGUGCAGCCCGCGUUACUCUGACACAUCUAAAUAAAAUCGAGAUUGUCUGCAGAAAUCACCGAACUGGUAAAUCCACCUAAAAAAAAAAA